AUGUCUUACAACCAGUACUCUGGCUAUGGCGGCAACCCCUAUGGAGGCGAGCAACAGAGCUACGGCACGACAAAUCCCUACGGCAGCGAAUCCGGCAAUCCCUAUGGCGGUGGCCAGGAUGGCCAGCAGGAGGUGAGCGCACACUCGCCUCAGCCGGGUCAGAACGUGCAAUAUGUCCAGCCUGGACCAACCGUCAUGUCUAAUUCUGAUUUCCUGUCGCGCGUGGAAGCUGUCAAGGCCGACAUCCGUACCCUGACCACACACGUUGGCCAGAUCGCAUCACUGCAUCAGCGCGCUCUCUCCUCUCCCGAUAGCGGCUCAUCUGCGCAACUGGAGUCCAUGAUCACGCAGACGCAGGUUCUGAACACAUCGAUCAAGGACCAGAUUAAAUUUCUGGAGACAGAUGCUGCGCGGAGCAGAGACAACCAAGUCAAAAACACCCAGGUUGGCCAGCUGAAGACGAGUUUUACGAAGCAAUUGCAGGAAUAUAGGGUUGAGGAGGCAAGCUACGAGAAACGGUACAGAGAGCAAAUCGCGCGUCAAUAUAGAAUCGUCAACCCCGAAGCCAGCGAAUCAGAAGUCCAAGAAGCCGCCAAUGCGGAUUGGGGCAACGAGGGUGUUUUCCAGACUGCACUUAAAACGAAUCGAUCAGCGACUGCGAACACUGUUCUUGGUGCUGUGCGAGCCCGACACAAUGAUAUUCAGAAAAUCGAAAAGACGAUCAUGGAGCUCAACCAACUCAUGGAGGAUCUGGCGACUGCCGUGGUCCUACAAGACGAGCCUAUCCAGCAGGCCGAGCAGCACACCGACAACGUCAAACAUGACACAGAAGCUGGAAACGUGCAACUCGACAAAGGCAUCGAGUCCGCGCGACGAGCACGAAAACUAAAAUGGUGGUGUCUCUUCAUAUGUCUGGCAAUCGUCGCCAUCCUAGCUCUCGUUCUGGGCUUGUACUUUGGCUUGCACAACAAAUAA